AUGGCAGGCGCCGAGGAACCGAAAGUUCGCCCGCUGCUGUCCUUUUCAGACCCCUGGGAGCUGCGGACGCGGCCGUUCGCGUUCGAGAGCGCCACCCGUAGCGACGCCGCCAACCCGCUGGGCCUGAAUCACCUGAGGGACAUGACGGGGCAGCGCAAUUCGGCAUGCGUGCGGGAGACCAGCAAGCUCACCUGCAGCCCCGAGACGCGAGAGUGGUUCCGCAAGUACCUGUCGAACCUUGACCACUUCAUACAGGAGGAGGGCCGCCGCACAGACAUGGCGUUUGAAUGGACAAGCCCGCUGUCGGGGCGCUUUUUCAAAAUGGCACACAUAGACGGCAUCGAGAAGGAGCGCGCCAUGGCCACAUUCUUGUAUGGCGGCCUUCUGCGGGAGCUGGCGCACCAACAGCUGGCGGAUGCGCUGGGCCUGACGCCCGGCACGCAGGCCGCAGAGGGGGACGCGCGCGCCGCGGCGAUCGCAGAGGUCACCGCGCUGCUGCGGCAGGCGGCAGGGGUUUUUGGCGCGCUGUCGGAGCGCCUGCUGCCGGCGAUCACGGGGCUGAAAUCGGACAGGCCCUUCGAGCUCCUCCCCGGCACCGCGGCCGGCAUGGCGGCGGUCAGCCUGGCGGAGGCGCAGCAGCUCGCGGCCCUGCGCCUGGAGGAGCGCGGCGGCGGCGCCGCGACGGUGGCGAGCCUGCACGCGGCGGCGGGGGAGCUGUACGAUAAGGCGCUGCGCGACUUCCGGAGCGACGGCGCCGAGAAGGAGAUCUCCGAUCGCCUCAAGCGCUACAUCGGCUGCGCGGCCGCCCUGACUGCCGCGCGUGCCCACAAGCACAGCGCCGUCGACCAGCAAGCACAGCUCCAGGCUGGCAGCGCGGAGCGCGCGUGCGUCGAGGCCAAGGCCCUGCUGCAGGCCGCGCUCAACGCCGCCGACAUCGACGCGGACUGGCGGGCCGUGCUGGAGGCUGAGAGCAAGAUCAUCGAGGGCCGGCGGGUGGCUAUCGAGAAGGACCGUUUGUACGUCAGCAUGCAGCCCAUCCCCAGGGACGCCCCGCCGCUGCCAGCCGGGAAGCUUCUCGUCAGCGCAGUGCCAUGGGAGGGCGAGAACGCCGCCGGCGUCGGCGCGGGCGUUUCGCGGUAG